CACAAUUGUGUUCACCGAGCCGGUACAUCUGCAGCCGUAGAGAGCCAGGGAACCUUUGGCAACGCGCUGUUUACUUGUAAUCCUACUAUUGACCCAUGUUAUAGUUUCACUUUCUUACAAGAAUGGAAUUGGAGCCAAAACCUCGCUUUCUAAGCUUUCAAGACCCUAUCCAAUCAUCUUCGGAGGAUGAUAACGCCUCGCGUACCUCAGCGAGACGUAUGUCAGCGAUGUCAGAGGCGAGCACAACAUCGUCCUCCCGACGCAUUUCGGUUAUCCAACCUGGACGAAAAACUUCCAAGGCGACCUCGUAUGUUUCACCUUACCGCUCAUGGCGCGGACUGUCUGAUUCCCUCCGCGAUCAGGCGGGGAACGACUUUCAAGGAGACGUGAAGAAGCAAGAGGUUGAGAAUACCUACCGCAUGGAGCCGAAGAGGAAAUUUCCUCAGCGAGAAGUAAGGGAGAUCAUUAAAAACAGUUUGGAGGCGUUGUUAGGCGCGUUGACUUAUUCAGGCUCCGAGUUUGGAUUCCUCACAAAGCUGCUGAGUUCAAGGAUUAUGGAACAAGUAAAGAGUCUUAAUAUUGAACGAUAUAAGCUUGUCUGUGUUGUCAACGUGGGGUCGAAACAUAAUCAAGGUCUAAGGGUCGCAAGUCGAUGUUUGUGGAACCCGGAUUCAGACACGCAUGUCACAGCAAGUAUCGAAAAUGGCACGUUAUUCGCUGUGGCUACUGUAUACGGCGUUUACUUCGAGUAACUGAACAAAAAUCAGUCAGGAGUAAGGGAUCACUCGCACGAUACCACUUAAGACUUCAAAUUGAAAGGAACAUCACGCUAAGUCCAAUAUAUCACGACAUCAGUCAGUAGCUUGCCUUGAUUCUUGUUAAGAUAUACUAUGUUCUGAACGAUUUAAAUGGAGUGUAAUUCAUUGAUCGACCCUCUUAGCGCGAUGGCGUUCAUAAACACCGCCAUAAAAAAGCUGUUUUAUCAGAAGUAUUAUAAACGACGUACAUUCUGAGCAUAAUGAUCAGGUUGGAAACCAACAUAACAUUGUUUCAAAUACAGUGUUUAUUUUUGUUACUAUGCACGCUUGAUAUUAUAAUCUCAGCAAUAUGAAGAA